AUGGCCGAGUCCUCCAAACGGCAUCUACAAGUUGUCGGCUGCAUUAACGAACCUCAUUUUCAACUUGCCAAAUGUCUCGCCGAGGGCCUGAAAGAAAAGUUUCCUGAUGCGUUUUUGGAUCCAACAAUUCAGCCUUUGCUUGAAUGUGACUGGUGUGUGUAUCUGGGCAAUAAGAAAAGGGAAUUGCGUGGUGAGGUGUGGGAUUAUUCCAGCAACCUGAUGUGCUUUCUGGACGGCCACCUCCUUGGUAAUGAGAAGGAGCUGGCCGACUGGGCUGAGAAACAUUGGAAGUUCACAUUCACAUCACCAGAUGCCCUUUAUUUAGCUCUUACUAAGGACUGUUAUUCCAAACACCUCCAAAAAACAGGGCACGAGUUUGUUUUCAUGGACAUUGAGAUUCAUGGAGAACCAGUAGGAAGGAUGUUAUUUGAGCUCUUCUCAGGUGUGUGUCCAAAGACAUCUAAGAACUUCCAUGCCCUGUGCACAGGGGAACUGGGUCUGUCAAAGAGCAACCUCAUGCUAUGCUACAAGGGCUCUGUGUUUCAUCGUGUAGUGCCCCAUGGCUGGGUACAGGGAGGAGAUAUUUCCCCAGCUGGAAGAGGCGAUGGAGGGGAAUCAAUAUAUGGAUCAACUUUUGAGGAUGAGAGCUUUGCAGUUUCCCACAGUAAGCGAGGCAUUCUGGGAAUGGCCAACCAGGGUCCCCAUAGUAAUGGCUCCCAGUUCUACAUCACCUUGCAACCGGCGCACUGGAUGGACAAGAAAUACGUUGCUUUUGGUCAACUAAUCGAAGGCACAGAUGUUCUGACGAGAAUUGAAGAAGUCCCAACCCACAAUGAAAGACCCAAGCAGGAUUGUAGAGUUGUAAAUUGCGGAGUGUUUGAGCCUUAAUUUGCCCUUCAGCAUAUGUAAUAUUUCUGCCUUUC